AUGGUCGCUACUCGUGCUUCCAAACUGGCCCGCGCGUCCGAGCCCGGGACCGGGGCGACGCAAACCACUAUUCCAACCCCACCAACAUCAACAGCAGAUCUCCACCUUGAUAACCCAUCACCCGUCACAUUGUCCUCAUUAGACCCCUCUCCGCAUCCAUCUCAAAUAUCCCAACAUUCUUUGCCUCGGAAUCACCUCUCCUCGACCCCAGACGGCGCGUCUACCCCACACUCGCUCCUUACACGGCCAUCCUCUUCACUUUCUAACUUGGGAUCCCAUCCCCUCUCUAAGCAAGUCCAACUCGAGCACGACGACGCAGACUUCAACCUCAACCUUGACGCUCAGCUUCAAGAGGAGCUCGACAAACAAGACUCUCCCCGAUCAUCCUCUCACCUUUCCCUUUCCACCAACAUGGGCGCCGUACUGUCUAGCGCACCAUGCGAGGACGCCGUUAUUGCGACGCCAAGUGGUACUGUCCUCGUCCGUCCUUACGUUUCCGCGGGCAAGGAGAUCAAGGCCCUGCUCCAGUUUAAGCCGCGCUACUCGUCGUUUGACCGCGAGAACAACAAGUCCCAGUCUGACCAGUUCCGCGGCUUCUUCACCCUCUUCUGGAUAGCCCUUGCACUCCUCUUCCUGCGCACAUGCAUCGAGUCAUGGGAGACCAACCGCACUCUCCUCUCGCCAAACUUUGCGCAACUCAUCACGGCGGAUGGUGUCGCGCUCGCAUUCGCCGACUUCAUUAUGGUCACGUCCAUGCUCCUCUGUGUGCCGUUCGUCAAGUGUCUCCAGAAGGGUUACUUCAAGUACAACUGGACAGCUCUCAUCUUCCAGCAUGUGUUCCAGACGACCUUUCUAGGCGUCGCCAUCGCCUGGGGCUAUGCGCGAAAUUGGUACUGGGUUCAAGCAGGCUUCCUCGUCCUUCACGCCCUGUCGAGCAUGAUGAAGAUGCACUCGUACAUGUCGCACAACGGCAUGCUCGCCAACGUGAACGCACGCCUCAUCGAGGAGAAGCGCACGUUACACGAAUACCUCAACUCGUUGCCUGGAGGCCACGAGGCCGCGCUCGCGGAGGCGGCCGAGCGCAAAGGCGAGCUCGAGGCGCGCGAGGCGUCUGCGCCACGCAUCAGCGAGCCCGCGACGCCCGCCCCAACGCCUACACCGCCUCAAAUCAGAGUCCCGAAUGACAACGGGGCAGUCUUAUCGGAGACCUCUGCGCGCCUCGGCCUGAACGGUAAUGCGAAGAAGAAGAAUGGCGAGGUGCGCCGCCGGAUACGCUCAUCGAAGCCUGCGACGGAUGCGCUCCCCGCGCCCCAGUCUGGCCUGCCGCGCGGUACUUCGCUCGAACCCGCACAUACCACCAGCCCGCACGCGAAGCGCGCGCCGACACUCCUCGCGUGGAGUUCGGACCCGAAAAUCGCCCUCCUGGCGCGCAAUAUCGAUGCCAUGAGCGACGAGCUGUGUUCGAACGGCGAACGUGGCCUCGUCUGGCCCCAGAACGUCACCUACAAGCACUUUAUCGAGUUCAUGUUCUUUCCCACGCUCGUGUAUCAGCUUGAGUAUCCGCGCACAAGCACCAGGCGCCCGCUCUUCAUCCUCGAGAAGGUGUUUGCGACGUUCGGCACCUUCAGCCUUAUCUACACCGUCACAGAACACUACAUCAUGCCAUACAGCCCAAAGCCGGGGGACAACCUCAUCCAGACCUUCGCCCAGCUUGCGAUCCCGAUGAUCGUUAAUUUCCUCCUCAUCUUUUACAUCAUCUUCGAGUGCGUGUGCACGGGGUUCGCCGAGAUCUCGUACUUUGCCGACCGCGAGUUCUACCAGGACUGGUGGAACUCUACGUCGUGGGACGAAUUCUCGCGCAAGUGGAACAAGCCUGUACACACCUUCCUCCUUCGCCACGUCUACGCGUCCAGUCGCUCAGGUCUCCGCCUCGGUCGCUGGAGCGCGACGUUCUUCACCUUCCUCCUCUCGGCGCUGUGUCACGAGCUCGUCAUGGCCGUCGUCAGCAAGAAGAUCAGGCCGUACCUCUUCCUCAUGCAGAUGAUACAGCUUCCCAUGAUUAUGAUCGGUCGCCUACCUGCGGUCAAGCGCAACCGCACUCUCGGCAACAUUAUUUUCUGGGCCGGCCUGAUGUUGGGAUUCCCUCUGCUAGAGAUUUGUUAUCUUCGCUUCUAG